GACUGUCACUGUCGCCAUGGCGGAUACCGACCAGCAGUCAGGAUCCAAUCCAGGUGAUGAAGCUCCUGACAUCACAGUGAGCGACACCUUCGUGGUACCCAAGAAAGAAAUCAGCAUGGUGCCUGACAUGGGCAAGUGGAAGCGAUCUCAAGCAUAUUCGGACUACAUGGGCUUUAUCUUGACACUGAAUGAAGGUGUGAAGGGCAAGAAGCUCACAUGUGAAUAUGAAGUGUCAGAGACAGUGGAGAAGUUACUAGAUCUUCUGGGGACUCUGGACCGAUGGAUAAAUGAGACCCCUCCUGUUGACCAACCGUCACGCUUUGGUAACAAGGCCUAUAGGACCUGGUACACCAAACUAGACCAAGAAGCAGAGGCCUUGGUGUCAGCAGUGCUCCCUGCUGACAGAUGUGCUGCAGCUCCAGAGAUAGCUGUCUAUCUGAAAGAGUCUGUGGGGAACGCCACCAGGAUAGACUAUGGAACAGGUCAUGAAGCUGCGUUUGCUGCGUUCCUCUGCUGUCUCUGUAAGGUUGGCGCUCUGAAGGUAGAUGAUCAGCUGGCUAUGGUUUUUAAAGUUUUUAACAGGUACCUUUCAGUGAUGCGGAAGCUGCAGAGGACCUACAGAAUGGAGCCAGCUGGAAGUCAAGGUGUGUGGGGACUGGAUGACUUCCAGUUUCUGCCCUUCAUCUGGGGAAGCUCCCAGUUUGUAGAUCACCCAACACUGGAGCCUCGGCACUUUAUCGAUGAGAGGGUGGUGAAUGAGCAUCACAAGGACUACAUGUUUCUGGACUGCAUCAAAUUCAUAAAUGAGAUGAAGACAGGUCCAUUUGCUGAACACUCCAACCAGCUGUGGAACAUCAGCGCUGUUCCUUCCUGGUCCAAAGUCAACCAGGGCCUGAUAAGAAUGUACAAGGCUGAGUGUUUGGAGAAGUUCCCUGUGAUCCAGCACUUCAAAUUUGGCAGCCUGCUGUCCAUCCAGCCAACAAAGCCUUGACGCUCAUGCCAUGCGCACAAUGGAAAGACCAAAAUCCCAACAUUUUUCCCUUUCUCUGGCAUCCUCACGUGCAAAUACAAGAGUAGCAAAAAUCAACCACAUGUAGUUUGACACAUGCAUUCCCACAUGUAUACGCAUGUAGUCAUAAAAGCUUGCAGGCAAUCCAUAACUUUAAUGCGGAGCAUUUUGUGGAUGAGCUUUGAUUUUGGAGCUGCUUUAUAUUUUUGUCAUUGUAUUUAUAUAAUGGGUAUAGUUUGAAUCAGCUCCUUUUCGAGGGAUGGAGAGACUUUUUUAGAAGUGUGCUCAUUGAAGUUUAAUGCUUGAAUUUACUUGAAGUUUGGAUCUUCAUGAGCAGUAGCCUCAUGCACUGUUUGAGUAAAUUUGUGGUAUUUUCUUGUUUUUGCUUCUAAGGCCAAAUGUCAUUGCAAGUCACAUUAAUUAAUUAUUUGCUGAGAAAUGACUGUGAGUGUUUUUUCUGAAACACGUCUUGACAUUUCAGUGUGUUGCUCAGACGGAAAAGUAAAGGAUUAGAUCUUUAAAACAUCUGUAAAGGCUCACCCAAAAUGGAAUGUACAGAAUUUCUUUCACAGUAAUUUAAUUAAAAGUGAGUUUAGUUAAGAAUCUUUCCACAUAGGCUAUCUCUUAUCGGUAACUGUCAAUAGUCUAUGCCCAUUUUUUCAGCAUAGUCCCAGCUGACCUCAGUCUGGAGUUUGAUCGAUUUCUUUUUUAUUGGGUCAGCUGUGGUAAAGAAUUUAUAAACCAUACCUGAAUAAAUCUUUGUCCUUGUGCUAUGCUGCUUCUUCCUCACAAUUUUCAAUUGAAACAUACUUUUUUUUUUUUACUCCAGAUUUGACUACAGAUUUAAAUGAGUGUUCAUUUCUGUAUAUGUUUCAUUUGGCACAUUUAAAGAUCUUGCCAUGUCUUUUUCAUUUUGUGUCAUUACAUUGACCAGUCAAAGCUAAUACAUUUGUCCCUUUUUUCAUUUUCUUUCAUCUCAUUUCCCACUUUGGCUCCCCCUAGUGUUGGUGUAAUAAGACACCCAUAUUCCCUGCUAAUUUGAAAGAUCAUGGAACUAUUCUGUAUAUGUUACUUUCAGUGAGAAAAUGUUACUUUUGUCUUUUCAUCCUCAUUUUGGCGAAUCCCAUGUAAGACUUAAUUUUUAACAAUUUCUUUUAAAGCAGACACAAUUGCCCAUAAGAACAUUUUCGGUUCUUCAUCCUAAAUCUCUCCUUUUUUCUGCAAGGCUCCUAGCUGCACAAACUUGUGGUUAGUCACUUUUUUUAACCUGAUAAAUAUCACAUGUUCAUGAAAAGGUCAUGAAAUUUCAUCAUUAUCACAAUUAACCCCCCCGAAAGUUGCCAUAUAAGGCUGUCUGUAUGUGGCCAAGUUCCACCCAUGAAAAUGUUUCUGAACAAUAAA